UUUCAUAAGGGGGGCUUAGACUUCCUUCUCUUAUCUCUAAUCCUUGGGGGUUCGCACCCCUUGGACGGUCGCCUCAUCCCUCAUCAUUCCUUCUUUAGCUCUGGCCCGACCAGUAGAUACUGCACCCUUUUGACCAUGGCAAUGGAGGCAGAAUCGGGUACGGCAGACGGCAGCCUCGAAAGCGAUGCCAAAUAUCGUGGUGUGAGCGUGUAUCAUUUGAAAGAGGUCUUCCUUCCAUCCUUAGAGGCAACCGAAGGAUUGUCGACGGACUCAAGAUUCUACGAAAUCGAGGACUCGAGAAAGGAGACAGGGUUUGUUCGUGAGAAGGGGCGCCGUGUCACUUGUCCUCGUGAUGGGAUGCUGGGGGCGUCUUAUGUUGACUCUCUGCAGGGGAGGGAUCAUGUAGGAAAGUCAACACACAUGCUCUCGUGGACUUGGUGGUACAAGGUUGGAGAUGUGGUAGAGACGUUGAUCAACUUUUGCGAGCAAAGGGAGCUGAACAUGAAGCGUACCUACAUUUGGAUCUGCGCUCUUUGUUUGAAUCAACAUCGGAUCAUGGGCACAGCCUGCGCUGAUGCCUUCAAUUUCGAAGAAAACUUUCGCUCUCACGUCCUACACAUUGGGCAUGUAAUUGUCAUGAUGACUCCCUGGGAUGAACCCCAAUAUCUAAAGCGUAUUUGGUGUAUAUUCGAACUAUAUACGGCAAUGAAAAAUGAUGUUCAAAUCUCUAUAGUCAUGCCCAAGCAGGAAGAAGACAGGAUGACCCAUGAACUUGUCGGAGUGCAAGGGAAAGGAAUCAACGAGCUUUAUGCUGUGUUGCAAAAGACAAUGAUCCAAAAUGCCAAGGCUACGGUAGAGCAGGACAGGCUCAAAAUAUUGCAAAUGGUCGAAUGCAAUGAUGGAUUUCAUUUUGUCAACAAACAAGUCACCCAGCAUAUUCGCUUCUGGAUACGGGGAAUUUUGUCCAGUCUGGCUUCCGCCGUUGUCGCUACCCACCAUACAGAGACAGCAAGCUCGCAGCAGUUUGUUGGUCUUUGCUCUCGAUAUGGUCAACUAUUCGCGAGCAUUGGGGAGUAUGAUCUGGCUUUGACCGCAUUGGAAAAGGCGCACAGGGUUGCAGGAGAUGCCUUUGGCGAGAAACAUUGGCAAACAAUCGACAUACAUGAUAGCAUUGGGUCGAUUUACCUAAACAAAGGGCAAUACAAGAAAGCACGAACGAUCUUUCAAAAGUGCUUACUGAGCAGAGAGUGUCAGUCGUCGAACCGAAACAGUCGAGAGCAUCGUCUGAAGAUUGCCAAUGCCCACAACUCGAUGGGCUGGGCUGAACUAUGUCUGGGCGAUUAUGUGGAGGCCACAAAGCUCUAUCGAAAAUCCCUUUCUAUUCAAGAGGAAGCUCUAGGUAGCCGACACGCUGAAGUUGCCGAAACAUACAGCAACCUGGGCAUGGCGCUUCACCGUCAUGGUGACUACCGGGGGGCCUCGCUGGCCCACGACAAGGCAAUCGACAUACUCGAAAGCUGCUACGGAAGAGAUCACCCUCGCACGGCAAAGGCAUAUCAUUCACUGGGAAGUGUGUUUCUGUGCACAGAACAGUUUGAGGAUGCACUUGCAGUGUUUCAGAAGUGUCUUUCGAUUCGUGAGAUUGCUCUCGGCGAGCACCCUGAGACGGCGGCGACUCUCGCGUCGAUGGGUUGGGUUCGGGCUUGUCAAGGAAAGCAUAAUCGAGCCAUUGGGAUGUACAAACAGUGUUUGGGUAUCCAGAAGACUACGCUGGGCGCAGACCACCCGGACACGGCUGGUACCUGUGUAUCGAUUGCCAACUCUUUGCUAGAAAAGAAAAGGUACGAUGAAGCCAUACGAAUCUACCACAAAGCCUGCACUAUCUUCGCCAAGGCCCUUGGUGCAGAGCAUCCCAAGACGACAAGUGCGAAACGGCUGCGCUUUGUUUCGAUCUAUCGACAACAGCGAACGAAGUUCAUUACCAAAACUCUCCACACUGUUGCCUAUCUUGCAAUGACGGUGAUGUUUUCUUUGGUGAUUCUUGGUAACAAUGCGAUUCCACUGCCACUCAAGAUUUUCGCAACAGUUGCCUAUGCAACAUUCGUCGGUUCCCUCGUGAAAGAACUCUACGUGAUAUGUCGCAUCCACUACGAAUUGAACUUGGAGUGCCCCGGCGUUGCUUCUUUGAGCGCCGAAAUGACUAGCCUUACAAGGCCCACUGCUUCCUCUCCUGCAUACUCUCCCGUGGAAACCAUCGAGCUGGUGUAGACCAAUGAUGCCGGAGUCGCAGCAGCACUCGGGCAGCACUCAUCUGGCCUUUUACGGCUUGUGCUUGUGCACGUGGCCUUUGGGGCGACCUGUUCUUCACUGCUAGCUACAGUUGCAUUGGGUAUAUGCAUACGAGAAUCUUGCAUUGAUAAUCGUCAACCAUAGUAACAAUUGAUCUUUGGAAGCAAGAUAGUGCCA